CCACGCCAACAGUCAACAUGACAACAAUUGAGGCGAAGAAAAUACCAGAACACAAGAAAAUACGCAAACACCUAACUCCAAUUCCAGUGUAACCCACAUUAAACCCGUAAAACAUACAAGUUUCUGCUCAUUUAGGCACAUUGCAAGAUGCUGGCAAGAUCUCUUGCCCAUGUUGCUCACGAGUCGUCGUCCUUUAUUGUAUCAUUGCAUCUAGUGUUUUCGUGAAACCGAACCCGUGAAAGUCAACAACAGCCCACUCCCCCCGAUGGAGGUGAAACAAGAUCAUUCCGAUAGUCGCGUGAAUGAAGUGGAAUUCCGGUGCAAAAUCGAUGGAUGCAAGCAAAGCUUUACCACCGAGCUGCAUUGCACCGCACACACGAAGAAGCACGAUUUGAGCCUAAACCUGGAGAUGCCACUGAAAGGUCCGGGUGUCAUAUUUGCCGAUCAAACGCCGACCCCAACACGGCUGAUUGGCAAAUGCGAGGAGGUUGGUUUGUUUGAAGACCUACAGAAGGUGAACCCGUUCGAUGAGACGUUCCGCCGGGCGGUUGAAUCGGGUACGAGCAGCAGUCCGUCGCUGACCGGUGAUCAAACUCCGCUGGCCGUGACACAAGCGGUUGCCUGCUGCCGUGCUGCCGAAGGCGAAACGUUGCACACGCCACACAUAUUCCCCAGCGGGAUCGAUCGAUCGGGCCUGGAAGCGCUGGGCAGCGAGCCGGCAGCAGCUAAGCAACGGGCGAAAAUCAGAGCAACCGGUGUAUCCUUACGAACCAAGCAACCUGUUCAGCAGGUGGAAAAGGCGGCGCCUGCUACACCUGCUACUGCUGUUGCUAGUAAACCCAACAAUGAGCCGAAAAGCUCCAAAAAGACAACUGCCGCGAAGCGCAAAGCGCCCGCCGUGGUGGAUAUACUGCCGAAACCGUCCGUACAGCCAGCACCGUUUGCAGGCGAAUCGAUUCCACUCAUCAUCAUUCCGUCCGGCCCGCCGGACAACAACACAAAGCAACCAGUGGAAGGAACGGUUCUGGUGAAGGAAAAGCUAAAGGAACAUCUAGCGAAGGUGCGAGAAUCGGCCACACAGGGAGCGAAGGAAAGCUCGACGGCUAGAAAGCGUGUCAAGCAGCAGGUGGACGUUAAGCCGAACCCGCCGAGCAAACCGACGAAACCGAUCGAUCUCACCAAACCAACCGACGAGCAGGAUCAUUUGAAGCACGAGCGAUGGAAGGCGGCCGCCAAACGCUACCGACUGCGCGUCAAGAAAAGCCAAGACCAGCAGCUGCAACGCAACAUUGAGCUGGAAGAAGAAAACAUUCGCCUGCGUACGCAGCUGGCCGAAUUAAAGCACGCCCAUCGUAACUGUAACGUAACGCGCAGUGCAAGCUCCGUAAAGGUUGCACUGCUACAGGGAACGGGAGGUGCAUCGACGCAAGGCGUUCCAAGUGCAACCGUCGUGGUACAGCAGGAAGCGAAUGCGGCACUGCUCAACACAAUCGAACAGCAGCAGCAGCACCAGCAGCACCAGCUUCAACAGCCGGUUCCAUUGUCCGUCCCACAGCAACGAUACAUUACAUCGCACAUCAUCGACGGUAACACGUUUAAUCGUGUGCCUAUAAUCAUUGUGAUGGGAUCGACGGCGACGGCACCGGUUGUGUCGGGCGCCGUUAGUGAUGGUGCAGGUCGUGCCUUAGAGGAGGGUACGGGGUAAUCAAUGUAGAGAUUUUAUUGCAGUUAAGUUUUUAGUUGCAUUUCCCCUUGGGUAGCUUUUUUGUUAUUAAUGAUUCAAACAUCACAUUUACUGUUCUUUAUAGUGGAUCAGUUGUCCUUAUUUUACUCAUGGGAAGCUUUAAUAGGCUUUCCAUGAUCAUAGUAUUACCCAGAAACGGAUAGUCAGUUUAUGUUUCUAUUCAAAUACCUUUGUUUCUAACUGUUUUCUAGUAAUAAAACAUAGGCCCAUUUACAAUUAUGAUCACCAAGUUGCUUAAAGCUUUUGAAGCUGGCCGGAUCAGGCUCUUACAAGUUGAUUUUAUCCAUAAAAAAAUAUAUUGGGUUGUCUACACGACAAAAAAAGAAACACUUAUGAGACAUAAAUGGAAACACGACGAUAGUGUAGCAUUAACAGCCUUAAAACUUCUUCUUUGCCAUUACAACUGUCUUAAUUUGAUUUUAGCCGUAUUAUCACUACGCAAAGUGAUAUAGCAGUACCUUCUGGAUCAGUAAGAUCAGCCUGUAUGAUUAUGGGGUUUGCCCUCUCUAGUUGCAAAGCGAACCGGAAAUAAGCAGUACAACACAUAGUGUUUCUUUUAACGCAGGAAAACGUUAUUAGCCUCAUAUUCAUUCGUUUGAUAAACGUUUGUUAAACUGUUGCUUAAAUAAACUGCUCAGCAUGGAGGAA